AGAGAGAAAGGAAGAAAGGGUCGUCGUACUCACGCGUAGUUGUAAUUUAAAUAUAUAGACAUUGCCCUCCAAUCCACGUAUGUAAAAACGGUGCGUACGGAACUAAAGUGCUCCUCCCUCCCCUUCAACGCAUCUUAGGUCGGACUGAGGAGAUAACCGAUCUAGGCCAGCUUUUCUUCUUUUCCUUUUCCUUCUUCCUUCUCUUCAUGGCCGCUCCUCCUGCUAGGGCUCGAGCCGAUUACGAUUACCUCAUCAAACUCCUCCUGAUCGGCGACAGCGGUGUUGGUAAGAGUUGCCUUCUUUUGCGCUUCUCAGAUGGAUCCUUCACAACCAGCUUUAUCACUACAAUUGGCAUUGAUUUUAAGAUAAGAACCAUUGAGCUUGAUGGCAAACGUAUCAAGCUGCAAAUUUGGGAUACAGCUGGUCAGGAGCGGUUCAGAACGAUCACAACAGCUUACUACCGAGGUGCCAUGGGCAUUCUGCUGGUUUAUGAUGUUACUGACGAGUCAUCUUUUAACAACAUAAGAAACUGGAUCAGGAACAUUGAACAGCAUGCGUCUGACAACGUCAACAAGAUAUUGGUGGGGAACAAGGCAGAUAUGGAUGAAAGCAAGAGGGCUGUGCCUACAGCGAAGGGGCAAGCUCUCGCUGAUGAGUAUGGCAUCAAAUUUUUUGAGACUAGCGCAAAGACAAAUUUGAAUGUGGAGCAGGUUUUCUUUUCAAUAGCAAGAGAUAUAAAGCAAAGGCUUGCGGAAACCGAUUCCAAAGCUGAGGCUCCAACAAUUAAGAUUAACAAACCAGACCAGGCAGCUGCUGACGGUAAAGCCCCUGAAAGAUCCGCUUGCUGCGGGUAAUCUGUAGCAAGAGAAGGGCAGUGCUAGAGAUGACUCUGUUGGGAACUAAUUGUUUGAUUCCAGACAGUGAUAUGAUGAUGUUGGUGGGUCUUUUGUAUUUUUUUUUUCUUCCUUUAUCAUUCUUUGGAACUACUUGUCUAGUGUGAAAUUUUAGAUUUGAGGAAUUUAUAUUAUAUAAUGAUGAUAACAGUCUUGUGCUUUGGAUCACAUAA